AUGGCCGGGACUAAGCCAAAGACGAACAAGGUCGCUCAAAGGAGCAAAGGCAAGGCCAAGCCGGGAAAUAUGGCUGUUCAUCAAGAUACUGCCAAGAUUGAGAAGAAGAGAGCAAAGCUGCUGGCCCGCUCACAAGAGCUGGAGAAGGAGGCGCACAGGCUCCUGGCCGAGGCCAAGAAGGCUGCGGACGCGUAUGCAGAAUUGACCAAAUUCCUUGAAGAGCAAGACGACGACACGUCAUCAGAGGGCGACUCGGACGAAGACGUCCUCACAUCCUCGUCGGAAUCCACGAGCUCCUCCUCCGAUUCCAGCUCCGAAGGCGGCGCCGCCAUCCCCGCACCCAAAGCCACACCCAGAAGGAAGUGCAUCAAGGACAAGCAAACGCCGGAGCGCAAGCGAAAGCGCGUGUCCCCUUCCUCCUCUGACGACGACGACACCAGCAGCAGCGACUCGUCCGACAGCGACGCAGACCAGAAAGCGGCCCAGAAAAAGUCAACCAAGGACAACAAGAGCAAGCGCAAAGACAAAAGGAACAGCAAGAAAAAUGCCAAACAGAGAAACAAGGUCAAGGACGCGGGCAGCGACAGCGACGGCAAGGAGACGUCCGCGGCCGGUCGGCCUGAGGGCUGGCACGUCACCAACCUCGACGGCGGCCCGGCCCGGCAGAGCAAGUUCCUGCGGCUCCUCGGCGGCAAGAAGCAGGGCGUGCGUGUGCCCGAGGCCGGGAGCAGCAGCAAGAGCGCGUCCGAGUCGGCGCGCGCCGAGGCCGACAUUCAGCGCCAGUUUGAAGAGGGCAUGCGCAUGAAGAAUGACGGCGGCAGCCACCGCCGCGGUCUCGGCAUGAGUGGGUGA